GGACAAACCGUAUGGAACCAUAACUGCUCAUAGAAUUAGGUACAGUACACCGCCACCGUCUGUCCGGUGCGCGCCAAACCCACCCUCUCUCUCAUCAUCAUCUUCUGUGCACCUUCUUCUUGUUUUGGUAGUCUGAAUUGUUCUUCUUUCAAUUCAAACUAUAUUCGUUGGUUGCAAAGUCAAAAAACCAAAAAAAAAAGAAAAAAACAAAAAAUGGCAACAACUAUGGCUUCUUCAUCGGUGUUCAACGGCGAGAGAGCCGUGGUUGUGCUCUUCAUCGCUCCUCUCCUCUUCGCCGCUCCUCUCUCUCUCCUCUCCGAAUCCCUCUCCCUCUCUCUCCUCACCCUCUUCUCCCUCUCCAUCGAGAUCUUCUCCGAAUCCUCCUCCAAUUCCCUCUCCCGAUUCAAGACCAGGAAAGGGGCUUCAUCAGGGAUUCUACUUGGGGCGGUUACGCUGCCCGGUCUUAUGCUUUCGAGGUUGAUACAGCUAUCGAGAGCUCUGUCGUUUCAUCAACUUGGAAAUCAAGAGUUUGAAUAUCUGCAGCUGCAAUAUUGGGCAACAUUUGCCUGCUGCUUCGGUGUGCUUGGUUUCCUUGGCUUCAUUCUUUGGCAGUCACCCAACAAUACAGAUCCCAUUUCUGCACAAAGUGGCUGGGGUGUGAAGUUUAGCUUAAGUUGCCUAGCCUUUUAUGCGGCAGUCUGUUGUGUGUUUUUUGCUACAAAAUCUCAUUUUGGCUGGUUCACAGCGUUAAAGUUAUUGUGGGUGCUAUGCGAGGGCGUUGCUGCUGUGAAAUUAAUUCAGCAUGUGGUUCGAACUUUCCCAUUUUGUGCCUCCAUUGGGGAGGCCCUUUUGGUGACUUCUGGUCUUGUUAUCUAUUUUGGGGACAUGUUUGCACUUACCUUUGCAAAGAUUCAUGGAUACUUGGUACCAUCAGAAUUGAUAUAUGUACAAUAUGGAAUCAAAAGAAGUGAGAUAAGCAUCAUUAUUCAGGGCAUGGUUGUUGGCCUUCUUCUUUUUCCAAUGUUCUUUAAAUUUGUUCUCCACAUUUGGGAAUGGUUUACAACUUCAGCAUACUCCAAAGCAAGGGCAUACCAUGAGAUUGGAAAAUCUGUUAUUUUCUAUGCUUCUCUGGCAUUUAUCUUGUUUGGAAUUGGUCCAAUAUGGAUGCAGCUCGUUCAAGAUUUUCACGUACAUCCUUUGUUAUGGGUGAUUAAUUUUGUUUUCUCGGAACCGCAUAAGAGGCUUUCAUUGUGUAUCUACUGGGUGGCUCUUAUAUGUGUGUCUGUCCAACGGUUUUACAACAUUUCAAAGAAUAGUAAGAUUGAGAGGAUUCUUCUUCGAAAAUACUACCAUCUGAUGGCUGUUUUAAUGUUUCUGCCUGCUCUUAUCUUCCAGCCGAAGUUUCUUGAUCUGGCAUUUGGUGCAGCUUUGGCGGUAUUCUUGGUCUUGGAAAUUGUUCGAGUAUGGAGAAUUCAGCCUUUGGGGCCACUCGUACAUCACUUUAUGAAUGCGUUUACAGACCACCGUGACUCAGAUCUUCUUAUUGUUAGCCAUUUUUCACUCUUAUUGGGCUGUGCACUUCCUAUCUGGAUGUCUUCUGGGUUCAAUGAUCGACCUCUUGCCCCUUUUGCUGGAAUUUUGAGCCUUGGAAUUGGAGAUACAAUGGCAUCAAUGGUUGGCCAUAAGUAUGGUGUCCUCAGGUGGAGCAAAACAGGCAAGAAAACCGUCGAAGGUACUGCAGCUGGCAUCACAUCGGUCCUGGCAGCUUGCUCAGUUCUCCUUCCACUUCUAGCAACAACAGGAUAUAUUUUUACUCAGCACUGGUUCUCUCUUCUCAUAGCUGUGAUCGUUAGUGGUUUGUUGGAGGCCUACACUGCACAACUUGAUAAUGCCUUCAUACCCCUCGUUUUUUACAGCCUUCUCUGUCUGUAACUGCAGAGCUUCAAUGACCGGUAAAAAUAAACAUACAUUAAUUUCUCAAGACGGCAAUAACCAAAUUCUUUCACAAUGUCCAUUUUUCUUGAUUUUCGGCUUCUUUGAGCACACCUUUUUCUUGGUAGGUAUAACUUAAAAGUUACUCGGCUUGUACAAUAGGUCUAUCUGAUCUUAGUUGUUUUAGACAACAUUUUGAUUAGGCUUAGGCUUGAAUUCAAUCUUCAUGUUGUACUAGAAAUUUGUUUUUUUUCAGUGUACAUAUGAAGGGCUAACCUUUACAUACACAUAUCUGGGAAGAAAUUGAAAAGAGUGAUACUAUAGAGAUAGGGAGUGAGAACUGUGAUUUUUUAUUCAAACAAUGUCAAUUAAUGAAACAUCCAAUGAGCCUUGUUGUCUCGCACUA